AUGGUGCGUCCAUCACCCCCUUGGGGAUACCGCUGGCGGUCUGCCCGCCUCUUCGUCAUCGUCACGGUCGGCAUCGGCCUCUUCACCGACAUGUUCCUGUACGGCAUCGUGGUGCCGGUGAUGCCGUUUGUGCUGCGCGACCGGCUGGGCGUCGACGCCGGCGACGUGCAGACGCAGACGUCACGCCAACUGGCGGUCUACGCCGGCGCCUCGGUGCUCUUUGCCGUGCCCGUCGGGUGGGCGGCCGACCGUUUCGGCGCGCGCAAGGCGCCGUUUGUCGUCGGCGUCGUGACGCUGCUCGCGAGCACGGCCAUGCUGUGCGCCGGCACCACGCUCGCCGUGCUCAUGGCGGCGCGCCUGCUGCAGGGCCUGUCCGUCGCCAUUGUGUGGGCGGUCGGCAUGGCCACGCUGCAGGACCUCGUCGGCACCAGCGAGCUGGGCAGUGUCACGGGCUCCAUCUUCUCCUUUGUGUCGGUGGGACAACUGAUUGCCCCGGCGCUUGGUGGCUUCUUGUACGAGCUGGGCGGGAUGGAGGCCAUCUUUGUGCUCAGCGCGGGGAUUCUGCUGAUUGAUCUCGCGAUGAGACUGCUCGUGCUCGACAAGUUGGAGAUGGGCAACUACGAAGUGGUGUCGGAUGUGGACAAGAACCCCGCAGUAUCCGAAGCACACGAGCCGACAUGCUUGGGUGAUGCCAACGAGACAUCUCCUCUCCUUGAACGGGACGACGAAACAAAACAGACAAGCUUCCGAUUACCUGAGAACGCGGGCUGGGUGGCACGGAACCUCCCAGUGCUAUACUGCAUGCGCAACCCACGACUCUCGAUGGCUCUCGUCAUUGCCCUCUCGCAAGGCAUUGUUUUCGGUGCCAUUGACGCGACAGUACCCAUCGAGCUUUCGAACCUCUUUUCUUUUAGCUCUAAUCAAGUUGGCUUGGUGUUUGUGUGCAUGAUGAUCCCCUUUGUUGGACUGGGUCAGCCGGCCGGCUGGGCCAUAGACAAGUACGGACCGAGAGCGUUGGCGACACUUGGAUACUUGAUCAUGAUGCCCGCGCUUGGCCUUCUCGCCUUGCCCUCGCUGGGCGUACUGUCUGACCAGGUCAAGGUGCCAUUUUUCUGCAUCAUCCUGUCCCUCAAUGGUGUUGCGCUCGCGACGACGGGACCCAUCAGCUGGGUUGAGGCGGCCAGCAUCAUCGAGGCGUACCACCUGGCGAACCCUGGCUUCUUUGGCAAGCACGGACCGUAUGCGCAGCUGCAUGGAUUCAAUUCCGUCUUCUUCUUCACAGGAUUGGCGAUUGGCCCGCUCAUCGGGGGUUGGCUUAAUGAGAGCUAUGGCUUUGCCACGAUGGCGCUGGUAUUCGCGGGCGGAGCCGCGGUCAUGGUUGGGUUGGUGUCGAGAUUUGUUGGGAAGACUGCGUCAUCUCUUUAA